AUGGGGAUGGAGUCUUUUGUCUCUUCACCAGUGCUGUCUUUUAAUGGUCCACGUCGUCAGUCCAACUCGGGAAGGAUCACCUUGCAGGUGGCUAGUCGAAGUGGUCGUCACGUUGGUGGCAGUGGAGAGCAUCAGAGAGGGUCGCCUUCGUCCAUCUCGACAGCUUCCUCCAGGUGCGGUAGAGCGAGGUCGCAGGGCAUGGAUGCAGCCACCAUUCGGAAGAAUCUUCUUACGUCUAUGUACAUGGUCGAUUUCGAGGAUUGGAUGGCCGUCCGCCGCACAGGGAAGAAUUCCCAAGGUCGACCUGUGCCUGGUGCCCAAGUUGUGAAGAUUCCUAUGAGUUUUGACAGGAGUGGUAGCAAAGUGCCCUUCCUCGACUCAUCUGCUACUCCUAAGAGCAUCUACCGGGAGACCAUCGGUGGUUGGUACGGUAGCGCUGACGGAGAUCCCUUUGCUAAGAGCAGACUAAAGGAUCCUAAUGCACCCCGUCCCAUGGCGAGCACUGCGGGUUGCCCGUUCGCCACUGUGAAGGCUCGAAACGGCCUGCCUAGAUGCGAUUUCCAUGGAGGAAUUACUUCUUAUCGAGAGUAUAUGGACGUGACGUAUGAGGAGAAUGUGAGGUCGAUCAAGGACAAUAUAAGGGGAAAGAGUCUUCGUCUCAGUCCAACUGGUGUAAAUGAGGAUACGUUCCUGACAGUGCAAGGUGGUGUACCUUGCCAAACACGGUUGAGAUAUAACGAACGCUUGAAAAACGCUAAGUAUUCGAAAUAA